GAAGGAAGAGGGAGUAAUAAUAAUAGUAGUAAGCAACAGUGUGUCAGGAAGGGUUAGAGGCAAGAGAACGUGCGCUAUUUGAAGAGCGCACACAGAUCUGGAUCCACUCAAAAAUCUAAAUUAAACCCUAAUUCCCAACACACACCACACUCUCUUUCUGCCACUUCUUUCCAUUUUCUCUUGUUUAUUAUUUUAUGGUUUCUGUAUCUGUCAAUGGUGAGACAGAGAGAUAGAGACGGAGAUAGAGAGAGAAAGCUGAAAGGUUUGACUGCUCAUAAACUCACAAAACCAAAAAACACAAACUACCCAACACCCAGAAGUAAUGGGUUCUUUCUUCUUCCUUUUUUUCUUUAUUUCCUGCUGCUAAUUUCUGCAAAUCAGUAGGAGAAGGCGGUGGUUUGGCUUUUCUGGAAUAGGGAGAUAAAGAAAGAAAGAGAGGAGAUAGAUACAGUAAAGUAGUAUACUGACUUGGUGGUAGGUUUGUUUUGUGGUUGAGAAAGAAGUUUUACUUGUAAAGAACAUAUCACUCACUCUCUCACAAAUAUACUACAAGUACAAAGCAAGACAAAGGGUUUGUUGGUGAGAGCACAGACACCUUCACCACCCCAAAGAGAAGAUUUUUUCUUUUGGGUAGUGGGGGAAGUUCGGUGAGAAAUCUCUACAAGUAUAAUCAAACUCCAUGGAUGGUUAUGAAGCAACAAGGAUUGUUUUUUCAAGAAUCCAGAACUUAGACCCUGAAAAUGCUUCAAAAAUUAUGGGUCUUCUCCUCCUCCAAGAUCAUGGUGAAAAGGAGAUGAUAAGGUUAGCUUUUGGGCCUGAGGCUCUUGUUCACUCAGUGAUUGUUAAAGCUAGGAAGGAGUUUGCACUUCCUUCAAAUUCACCUCCCACACCAUCAACUCCACCAUCUCCUUCACCUUUCCUCUCAAACAAUCAACCAGCUGGUGUUAACAUUUCGAAGCAAAACUCAUCAUCUUCUAGGCUUCUUGGUAACACUACUACUGGGAUCAGUCUCCCUCCUCCUCCUCUUACUAUUCCAAACCCUUCUUCUGCAACUUCAUCUUCUUCUUCCUCAGGUGGGUCUUCUUGGGGUGCUUUGUCUGAUCUUCCAAACCAAGAUGACUUGAUUAGCCCUAGUAGUGGCUCCUUGAAUCCUUCUUCCUUACCUUUCUAUGGAAACGGAGGGCGUUCAGUGGAUAUCAUAGAUGAGUUUCAACUUCAAGAUCAGCUUUCUUUCUUGAAUGAUAACCCAACAAAUCUUGGACCUAAAAGUACGGACAUGUUCUACCCUUCACCAGACUUAUCUUCAAGCCCACCUGCCGGUGCUGACUCUAUGCUUUUCCCUUCUUAUUGGGGUGGUGGUUCUCUCCACAAAAGAAGCUACUCUGUGAGUGAUGUUUUGGGGUCAGAUGACCCAGCUUCAGGAUUUGGGUGGAGACCAUGCUUGUAUUAUGCAAGAGGCUACUGCAAGAAUGGGAACAACUGCAGGUUUGUACAUGGUGGGAUUGGAGAAUCAGGUGGAGUAGCCAUGGUAGGUGCUGAUGGUGCAGCUGCACCCAUGGUUGGGUCCCCUAACAAGAUUGAGAUGAUGGACCACUGCCAUGAGUUGCUCAGAUCAAAGUCUGCUCAACCUCAAAGGCUUUCCCCUGUUAAUUCUCAGCUCAUGGGCGGUGGUUCUUCCUUCCCUUACUCUCCUAAGUGCAUGAAUUUCCUGCUCCAACAACAACAGAAUGAUACUCAAAGAGCUGCUGCUGCUUUGAUGAUGGGCGAGGAGAUGCUCAAGUUUGGUAGAUCCAGGUUAGAAAGGAAUGAUUUUUCAAUGAAUGUUAGCGCAGGGAUCUUAAACCCAGCUUCAAGACAGAUCUACUUGACUUUCCCAGCUGAUAGCACCUUCAGAGAGGAAGAUGUAUCAAAUUAUUUCAGUAUUUAUGGACCUGUUCAAGAUGUAAGGAUACCUUACCAGCAGAAGAGGAUGUUUGGGUUUGUCACUUUUGUUUACCCAGAAACUGUCAAGAUUAUUCUUGCCAAAGGAAACCCUCAUUUUGUUUGUGAUGCCCGGGUUCUUGUUAAGCCUUACAAGGAGAAAGGCAAAGUCCCAGACAAGUUCAGGAAACAAUCACAGCCGCAAGGUGACAGAUUAGAGUUUUCACCUUGUGGUACUCCUACCGGUCUUGAUUCUAGAGACCCUUUUGAUUUUCAACUUGGAUCAAGGAUGUUUUAUAAUAGCCAAGAUAUGUGGAGGAGAAAGUUAGAGGAGCAAGCUGAUUUGCAGCAAGCUCUUGAAUUUCAGAGUAGAAGAUUAAUGGGUUUGCAACUUCUUGAUGUGAAAAAGCAUCAUCAUCAUCAUCAUCAUCAUCAUCACAGAGCUCUGUCCACUGGAAGUCCUAUUCUUUCUCCUACUCACUCCCCAAAUCUUUUCAACCAAUCUUUUCUUCUUUCUCCAUUUUAUAGCAACCAAGAUGCUUCCCAAGACAAUUGUUCUAGUCCCGCACCGGGUAUUUCUGUGAAUCCUUCCUCCGAGAAGUCAAUGGCCAGUAAAGAAUCGUCAAACAAUGUGGAUGCCGACUUGCCUGAAAGUUUGGAGCAUAAUCUGCCUGAUAGCCCAUUUGCGACCCCAACCAGUGUCUCCGGGGACUUCCUUUCAACUUUGGAUCCUACCGAGAAAAAUUUACCUGAAUCGGCUCCAUCUACUAACAACAAUUUGGUUAGUUCUACGCUAGACAUGGCAUCUUUCAAGCCAUUUAACUGCCAGAUGCCCAGAUUCUCAUCUGGGUAUGGAGCUAUAGGAAUGUAUGCCGGCACUGGGGACCCUACAUGUCCUGUUGGAAUUUAGUUUCCUAUGCUUUAAGGAAGAUUGAGAAGAAUAACCAAACAAAAUAACCUCACAUCAAAUGAGAUAUAUAGAGAGAGGCACUAUACCAUCACCAUCACCACAUCAGCCACAUGUACCAUCACCUUCAUCAUCAAAAUACUAUACUACUACUACUUACUACCAUACAAAUGCAUCAUUAAAAAAAAAAAAAAAAGCAAUGAGGGAAGUGGGUCAGCCAUUCCUUUCUUUGUGUGUUGUUGUUGUACUAUUUUCAUCCUUUAAUUUCAGUAGUUGAGCCAUUGAACCACAGAUCAAAAGAAGAAGAAGAAGAAGAAGAAGAGGAAACAGAAGUAAAUGGAAAAAAAAAGUGAUACUACAAGGUCAAAUGUGUAGUUGUAACUCCUCUUGAACUGUAAUCACUUUCCUGUUUUCACCACUAGCACUCCAUGGUUUCCUUAGAAGAAAGAAACCACCCAUAUAUCUUAGUGGUUAGUUUUGCUUAGCUUGGAUGUUGAUUUUAGGAAACUUGAAUCAAAAUCUUUUGUACAGCAGAAUCAGAAACCAGAAACUGUUAGUAGCAA